UACAAGCGAAACGUCGCCGACGUCGCUGGCCUGUGGAUUUUCGCCAAUGCUAGUGGUACGCGGCUACGCCUACGAGAAUACUUGCAUUGUGGGUUGUUAAGGUAGCUGCAAUCACCAGGAACAGUUUGUACCAGCAAGGCGAGCUGUGUAGAGCAUUAUAUCCACGGAAGCACGCAAUGCCUGUUACCGUAACGCAACAAACAACAACCGUCUCAUCGUCCGGCGGGAACGAGCGACUGGCGUUAUGUGCCUUCAACUUCGGUUAUCUGAAGACACCUGACGGUUGGAUCAAAAUAGCCCAAGUGAUCGUGGGACUGAUAGUGAUGUCGCUGCUGAUCAAGACCUAUAAUGUAUCCUGGGUGUUGUUCCUGAUGAUGACAGCGUUUGCUUUUUCUGUCGUCAGUUUCAUUAUUCUACUUUCGGCAAUGGGCUCCUACUCAGGAUCACUCCUUAUCGGAACUCUUUUUUACCUCAACUACCACAUAGUGGGCUUCAUUUUCUACCUGUCUGGAGGAUUGACGUGUGUUGUUAAUGCAUCACAAUAUGUUGGUUUGGGCAGCAUCAUAGCUGCUGGGGUGCUUGGUCUCAUAGCCUCAGCCCUAUAUGCAGUGGAUGUCGCUCUGACUGUCCGAGCACGAGUGUGAACCUUUAGUGCCACCUGCAUAAAUUUACACCUGAAGCACUGCCAUGCUUAGCUCUAUGCCCAUGGCUUUGCCCUUGUGUACAAGGUGUUAUAAGGAGUCUCAACAGGCGCUGUAACAUAUUUUUUGGCGUAUCUUUAUUUACCAAAGGAAAUGAAGUUGAAAAAAGGUUGUGAGAGUUGGUUACUGCGUCAUGGUUGCGAUACAAUGUGUUGCUCUGCUUUAACAGCAGUCAGACAGGAAACACCUUAUGUUUGACGAAGUCUGCCUGUAUGCAUGCGUGCUCCUUGUUUCUUGCCUACAAUGAAAAAGGGAGGUUUUUUAAACUUGUCAUAAAUCUAAGCAGUGAUAGUGUUGGAUGUUCCACCACGAAGUUUUUCUUUCAUUAAGCUACAAGUGAGCUGUAGACCUUUUUCAAGCAUAUGAGUGCCCCCAACAGGCAAGCAAGUGCUCAUGGAAAAAGUGUGCGCCGCUACGUGCGCAUUUUAGCGUCCUGCUUGCACUGUGCCAGUGCACUUCUCAGAUGAAGUGAAUUUAACAAGGUGCAAUUUAUUGCAGCACAAUUCAAUCACGAACCUCAGUGCUUAGCUACCACGGCUUCUCUGCGAUUUUCAUCUGUCUCACUGUUUCAUCAGCUAAGUGGCUGAGAAUUGUCACCUUUUCUUAUAAUAUUUUUUUCACCAGUACACCUUACAACGUAAAUUAAAUUUAAAAAAGGCAUAACUCGGUUGCCUAUGAAGUGCAGGAGUAUAAUUUGCGGAAACAUUUGGAACCAACUCCUCGACACUAUUAAUAAAAUAAUAAUUUGUGGGGUUUAACGUUCCAAAACCACCAUAUGAUUAUGAGAGACGCCGUAGUGGCGGGCUCUGAAAAUUUCGACCACCUGGGGUUCUUUAAUGUGCACACAGGUCUACAGCAUUUUCGCCUCUAUCGAAAAUGCAGCCGACGCAGCCGGAAUUCGAUGAUGCGACCUGCGAGUCAGUGGUCGAGUGCCUUAGCCACUAGACCACCGCGGUGGGGCUCUUCGACACUGUUGAAGGGUACUAUAUGAGGCUCCGAUAUUUAAAGAAUAUGCUAAAAAGUAUGGUCAAUUUAGUAAACCAAGACACAUUCACUAUAGACAGCAUGCGCGUCGGGUAAUAAACCACAAGCAUCAGUAACCUUCCUUGGCACUAUAACUGUGCAUGUCAGAAUAAAACUUGGAGCAUAGACACAAAGCAGCUGGGCACGGAAAGAAAUGAACAUAACACUAGCGCUCAAUUACUACUGAGAGUUUAUUUCAUGUGUGAAAAAAACAUAUAUACAAAAAUAGAGAUGCAUCACGCACGUCACAAAGAGGCACAGGAAGUUAAACAACCAAGAAGCGUGUUAAUUCACACGGUCGAUUAAAAAAGCUGAAUUGUUUGUCUUGCGACAAUAAGGAAGGCUGACCUAUACAAAGUGCUGUGUUCUUUAUAUGAAAUGAUCGAUCACCAAGAUUCCUCGUGUGGUCUUAUUAGAAUGACAAUACAAUUAUGGUUGUUUCGAAGACUGGGUUACAUUUGCAAGAUUUUAAAUGCGGGACGGGAUGAAACGACUCCAUUCAAUGAAUUUCGAUCCUCUUUGAGGUGUGUGUUAGUAAUACAUCAGCCAGUAAGCCUGGUAGAUGUAGACAUGAACGCAUGAAAAAAGGAAUUUGGUCAACAAAUUCUACACAAUUAAAAAAAAACAGUUGGAAAACAUCUGGCUGCAUUUUUUCUUGCCCACUACAAUCUCUUGUGCACUACGGGAAUUGUGGAAAACACAACCCUCUCUCUAUAUCGCUUCUCUGCGUAUUUCAGGACGUGCUACUUUUUAAGCAUACAUGGAGUAGCUGCAAUAUUCCUAGUUCCUUCAUUGUUCACUGUUGGAGGACGUCCGUAUAUUUGCAACGUGAAAGAACUUUUGGCACACCAAUGCAGUGAUGCGAGAAUAUCCCACCUUCUUGAAGUUAUCAAUUUGCAGCUGGAAAUUACUGCUCAGCUUAUGUGCGUAAAUUUUUAUCGAGUGGGAUGUGUACGUAAGCAUGGCAUCACAUUUCCUCAUUUAACAAUAUUCAAUUGCACCAACGUGAAAUUAAACACUCGUUUUCAUUAACACUGCCAGUGAACACACUCCGCAGCGAACCCUAAAAAUUCAUGUGUCAAUAAACUGGCAAUUAUCAGAGCAAGGCACUGGACAACUGAAUCUUAGGCUCAUGCAGUCUUCCUUAAACACAUUUUGAAUGUGUUCACUUCUUUGUAACACUUCUUUGUACAGUGCGUGACUUUUCAUUUUCAAUCAAACGUUAAUCUGUAUACAUACACCAAAAUACUAUAACACUUCUCUACAGUUUGGUGUUAACAGCCAGAUCACAAGCUUCUAUUGCCAUAGUAGAUUGUCAGCAAAUAAUCGUCGAAUAUGUAUGAGUUUGGUGCUUCACUUCACAUAGAUCAUGACUACGUUUUACAUGCAUCGGCACUCGAUAAUUUGCAUGCUGCUUAACAUCUGCAUCCAACGUGCAUUUUUUUUGCUAAUAGCUACACUGACUGAUUGCAUUAUUACUUUCACAUUUCAUGCAUAGAUACAUGCAGGCGCGUUCGGACGUGUAGUCAAUAAGUGGCGACAUGUUUAUUUUGUUUCGUGCUCCCACGGUGCAACGAGCUGUGAGCGACAGACGAAAAUGCUGCCAAGCCAGCUUGCUCGGCAUACACACUUUUCCCAUAGUGCUCUACACUCCCAUGGGGCAUUCUGGCUGGGAUUGCUUGAAAAAAGUCUAUUGAAAUAUAUAUAUAUUGCAUAAGGCAGGACCUUUGGCGCUUCGAACAGAAAGUAAUGAUAAGAAAACUAAAAUGCAGCUCAGUUGCAAAGACUCGGUGGUAGCAGGAGUGACCCUCUGCAUUUAUUCAAUUACCGUGAAUACCUUAAGACAGCAUUUAUUAUAAUACAUAAGAAUACGUCGGAAACAAUAGUCGCCUCAAUUUGUUCCGUUAUUACUGGGCAACAUGCUCUUUGAGGUUGCCUGCUGCACAGCAUGGUUAGUGACAGGAAGACAGCGCUAAUACAGGAACUUUGUUUGUCAGUUACUCUUACUUUGUGAAAAAAGUGCGCUGCUCUAGUAUCACUCCCCUUCAAAGUAUGCUGCACCUUUUGUGUACUCAGUUGUUGCUUAUUUAAAGCCAUAAGAGAAUCUCUGUGCCUGCCGCUUUGGAACUUUUCAGAUGUUUAUCCACAGAAACAGGGGCAGUGGAUUCUUGCACUUGGACAUUGCAAACUGUGGUCACAUAUUAACUUCUAAAUAUAAUUGCAAACUUGUGAGGUAUCAUAGGAGCUUGAUAUUUCACAAAAACCACAACUGCUUGGCAGAGUGUGCUAUGUCUAAGCAUUAGGGGGAAAAAGCGAUUAAUGGUGAUGGUUUUUCAGCUGUUCUGCAAAUGUAAACGCCAUAAAGGUCACAGACUGAAAAAUAAAGCUCAGCCACAGCCAUUUGAGCAUAACUGAUUCUGUAAAGCUGUGGAUGGUGAGGUUGAGCAUUAUUGUAUCAGUUGGUUGUGGUAGCACAUGUUAUUUUCUUUUUUUUAAUUGUUGGUGAGCACUGAUGCUGUCAAUAAAAAUUAUUCACCGUGAUUGUAACAAGUGAGGAGUCGGCAUACCAUGCAUGCAGCAACUUGUGUGUGUCACAAAAAUUUCAAUACCAUUUGCUUUUUUCUGCAUAUCUCAUGUUAAAAAUGUGCACUGGUUGCUAAAAGUAAUGUGCCGCCACAUCUAAUCAAAAUGCAAGUUUAUAAAUAUAUACUGAUCUGUUCAUCUUAUAUAUCAUUAUGUUUGGACUUUGAUGUAAUUAAUAUUAAAUACUAUAAUGAAGUAAGUCCUGAACAGUUCCUUUCAGAUAUCAGUACAUAGCAGGUGCUAUUUGCUUAUAACCAAUACUGAAUGCGGUGAUGAUACUUUCAUGUCCCAUGUGACAUCAGAAAAACAUAAUCAAAUUCAGUUGUGUUACUUUUUUUAUAUAAGCCUUUGUUUUGAAAAAGGAAGAAAGCUGUUUUUAAGGGGCGCUUGGCGAGUAAAAUAUCGGUUGCUGUGCAACUUAGGACAUCAUCAGGCCUGGUGUAAACAAGGUGUGCACAGUGUAGUGGUCAUGCAUGCUCUGGGCAUCAUCUGUUGCUUCUUGCCAGUGGCAUAUAUGAAGUGUUAAAUUAUUUGUUUUAUUCACUUGUGAUUAGUUGUUCUAGUACUCCUUUGACCAAUAUUUGGUCCACUAGCCGCACAGCAAAUUUACAAGUUAUAUUUAUUGUAGAUUGAAAACUAUUUGUGUUGUGCUUAGUUUAUACAAUGUAUAAUGUGUAAAGUGGUAAAACAUUCAAAGCCAAUUUCCUGCUUUGCGAAAGCAGGGAUGUUGAGACAGCCAUGCAGUAAAAAUAGAGCAUAGUGAGUCAAUGUUGUGCAUAUGUCUGACGUGCUUAUAAGAACCUUUUGAGAGAAGUACCCAUGCGUAACCUUAUAGAGGCUACACGUUUGUAGGUGUUGUGGAACGUUCCAUCUUGUAAGCAAACUAUAAAAAAAUUAACUUGAUUAUAUUUUGGUUUAAUUGCACUGCAGUGAUUAGGGCUUCAUGAAAUUGUGUAAUGGCAGACAUUUUGUGUCCCAAUGUGGUGAAAAAUGCUGUUUUUUUAUAUUACUUUAUUGAAUUCUGCCUAGAGUGUAGCAGAUGACAAAUACUCCUUUUGUCACCACCUGUCCCUGUGAAGCAAAUGUACCCUGAAAUAACUGCACGCUGACCCCAUGCUUGUCAGUUCUAUUUUUGUGCAGUGCUUAUGGGAAGCAAGUCUCAAUAUAAUAGCCAUCUUUGUACAGCACAGUGCGUACCUUUGAUGCAAGUCUACCACUAAAACAUGGCACAGUUUUUUGGUUGUACAUCUUGUGCUGAUGCAGAUGUGUGCACAGAAGAAAAGAAUCAUUAUACUAUAAUGACCAGCGUGAAUGUGUACAUUCCCAUGUGUGUAUACUAAAAAUAACCAUGUAAACGUUCGUGAAGCACUUAGCACAUCAAAGCAGUACGUGUUGUAUGGACUUUUAACCUUGCUAAAUGUUUGGGCUAACUUUGACAGACAAUGUGAGGAAAAUGCACAGUAUCAAUUCACAACUAUGAGAAAGGAAAUAUUUCUAGAGAAUGCUGCUAUAAAAAGUACAACAUGUUGCAGUAGCUUUAGCUGUUUACUUGGAAGCUAAGCCUGCUAACCAGAAUGGAUGUCACAAAUUUUGAUACCCAUGCUUUCUAAGAAAACAUUCACAAUUUUCCUAAUUCUGACAGUUUCCUGGCCAUUACAACUGUAUUAAAAAAACAGGUUUAUGUGUGCAGUUUACUUCUUAUAAUCACCUAAUUAAUGACUGACACCUGCUUUAAAAGAAAGAGACUUUUCUUCAACAGGUGCAUAACGGUUGAAUAUAAUUAGCUUAAACAGAGAUAGCAAAAGGAAUUGAAUGCAAAGAAAUAGUAUGUUCGAGCACCUAAAUUCAGAUGCAUGGCGAUAGCCAGGUUGAUGAGUGCAGCUUGUCUCUGGCAACAAAAACAGUAAUGGCUAGGGCUUGCACAAGCGUAGCUCGUCCUUGGUGAUAUUGGUACUAAAUUCUAGGAUGAAUGUUGCUUCAGCUGGGUAGUAAAAGUCUUUUUAAAUCAGGUUGGUGUGUGUAUAGCAUUGUGUUCAUUUGUGUCUUCCAUUUCUGGAAGCUUUAUUCUUUUAAUAUAGUACCUUUAGUGUGUGUGAAAUAGAAAAGCAUCAUUUUUCUCUGCCAUUAUGCAUCACUAGCACUUCGUAUUCCUUAUCACAGUGAUUCAUGCAGCACCAUUUUAUAACAUUACUUCAGGACAACUUUAGGGAUGAGGGCUACUGUUUGAAUUGGCUGAAAAAUAAAGCCAUGUUUUUUUUGUUCAGAUUAUUGCACAGCAAUCACAACGAUAGUGCAGUGGUAGAGUGUCCACCUUCAACGCAGAUGGGUUUUAUUGGAUGCGAUUUCCAUCGCUGCCGGGCAACCAGCAGUUUUUCUAAAGGGGAGAGAUAUGCUUUAGCCUGGCACCCGGUAGUGUGGAUACUCAUCUCAAGAAGGUAGCCUUUUUACUCUCUUCUUUUGCUAUCCUUUCUCGUCCCUCUCAUUACUCUAUGCCACUGACCCUUUAUGGGUCACAGAAAUUGGUCUUUGGUAACUUCAUAACCACCAUGUCUUAUACAGUCUUAUGCUCCUGCUAUCACUUGUCACAAUAGUACUGCUUAAGUAUGGUGGUUUUGGGUUCUUAAAAAGGCAUCCCAUGCCAAAACAGUAAAGUAAAAGGGACUGCAGUUACAUCAUUUUUCUUUGGGUGGGGAACAGAAAUGUAAUGACAAGUAAGUUGAUUCACUGCACAAUAACAAUACUGUGUUGAACGAACCAGAUGAGGUGCCUGAAGGAUACAAACUAAGGAUAUUGUGAGGAAUCGGUUUAUUCAGCCAGGCUCGAGCUAAAUCACGCUGGUGAUGAUACUUACAGAUGAAGAAGAUGUACAGGUGAUGAUGAUAUCAAACAGAAUAAAGAGUCAUUCGCUUGUCGCGCUCACAAUAUGUCUAAAAGACAGUCGGAGUGGGCAUUUGGUAAAGAGGACAAAAAAAAAAAAAAAAAGGCACCAUUGCACAUAAGUGUCGGUAAAUAUUAGAGGUUAAACCAAUAGAAGUGAAAGAUUAUCAAUACGUUAUACAGUCGAACCUGCAUAAAUAUAACUUGCAAAAAAAAGGACAUUAGUUCAAUGUAUUGUAUCAUUCAAUAUAAACCUUUUAAAAAGUUUACCAUAUUUUGGUGCACAAGUUGGCUUAACGACAAUACUCCACAAUAAUGCAAGGAAGGCAGCUUCACAACAGUACAUGGUUUUUUAGAAUUAUUGUUCUGCUGUUCGUAGGUAAAACUGCAGGUUAUAUGCAGGGGCAGGGUGUAUGCUAGAAAGCACAGUGUUUUAAAGAGCACCUCGGCAUCUUCAUAUGGUGCUAUGCAUACUCAUCGGGUACUGUAAGUUCCUAGUCUGCCUGGGCCCCAAUGUCGUCGUCGUUCUUCAAUGUUGUAUUCAUCAUUCUUGGGAUGCUCUACUCAGCAGCAAUUCAGACUCUUUUCCUCCACGUUCAACUGAGUUUAUUAUUACCAGCUUUGUGAACAAAAGCAGGCUUUUCCGUUUCACGGCAGUCAUUGUGUUAUCAAAAGAGAAAGAGAAUGGUAGAGAAAUCAACGGCGAUUGUGAACGACAUAGUGUCACGAUGAGGAAUUAUGGGAGAAGGCAUACAGCAUACACCUAAUAAUACCACUCACUUUUCCAAAUUAAUGUGGAAAAGCCCCCUUUCACCAGGAAAAGCCAACUUACUAUUAUGGAAAGUCAACUUCUUGUACAUUUCGUGCUGCCUGACAUUGGAUAUAUGAAGUGCUUCGGGUUUUUGUUUGAUACUAUUCACGAUGAUGUUUAGAGAUCACGAUCCUUCUGUGAUCCACAUUAAACUUUAGGACCAUUAAUGGCACUUCAGUUGAACAAAAUUAAAAAUUUUUCUUUGAUACUAGUAUGUAUGUGAAAUUAUUUAACAAAUGGGUGUGUCACUAAAGAUGUCUUGAGUCUAUGAUUGGCUGCAAUCGCUAUGGCAUAUCUAUUUUUAAAUGCUAACCCAAGAGGAUCAAAAUACCUUGGGCAACAGCUUGGCCCACCCCCAGUUUUCUGCUGUGACAUUGUCUCAGCAGAAAACGGGGGUUACGAAGCUGUUGCCCAAGGACCAUCUGAUGGUACAACUUCCUCGCAUUAUAUCACAAUAAGUGUCACUCUCUCCAUUUCACCACUUGAAGUAGCAGUGGAAGCUGCAACUGGUAUGAGCUUACCAAAAUUGCUGCCAAUACUACAUGCUUAUGUCUGUGCUACAUGCUUCUUUUUACUAAGAGUGGCAUCUACUCAGUCUUGAUUGCUCGAGCAUACCUUUCCGCUUUCUCUUAUAAUGCUAUAUUGUUGUGAUGACGUUACUUUUCAAUCAUAUGGGCAACCUUAUAGGUUAAGUUGGGUCCCUUUACAAGUCAGUUUCUAACGUUCAAGCUUCAGUUCGGUGAAGGUGGUUUUGCUCCCUUCUGUCACAGUAGUAUUGGAAUGUUGCUGACAUUUGCACAAUAUUAUUUACUGCUGCCGCAGUGUGCGAUUUUGCUGUUCCUUUCUGCUAGCUUUUUAGAUUUAAAAGGGUGAUUUUUCCUGUGAUUUUUCACAAAAGUACUGGAUUUACUGAUGCUCUAUUUUCAGAUACCUUAUGUCACUGUGAAAUAAAGAGCUGUAACAAAAUAC